AUGUCGUAUGGACAAGGGCACGUUAUUAAUGAGGAGCUAUUCGCUAUUGAAACAAUAAGUUCUCGUACUCAGUUUCUAAUGGAUAAACCCUCGGAAAGACCUAACCCUGUAAUGCAUCCAGUGAUGGAUAAGAAGAAUAUUUCUGCUGCUGCAAGGCAAUUAGGUAUUCAUAUCCGAGCAGCACAAAGAUGGGUCAAACGUUAUUACGAGGGUCCUGAAAGCAUCUUUGAAAAGAAAAAUAAGAACAGUGAGGAAAGAUAUGACUGGGUCCAAAAGUGGCAGCAAACUGACCUGGAUUUCACAACAAAUUGUGUUUUUCUUGAUGAAUCAGCUUUUCACAUUAAUUUGAAACGAGGUAUGGCUUGGUCAAAGAAAAGCGCUCCUGCAAUAGCUACAGUGCCUACAACGAAAGCAAACGCAUCAUCGAUUUUAGGUGGAAUAUCUGCAAAUGGCUUAAUUAAUGUUAGCUUGUGAGUUCCAAAGCGUAUCAAAAAGAGAAAGCUUGAAUGUGCGCCUGAUGGUUAUAGCAUAGUGACAGUGACAGGCCAUUAUCUAAGCUUUGUAAAGGUUACUCUUGACUAAAUGAACAAGUGUCCCAAAAUGAAGGAACAUUACCUUGUCAUGGAUAAUGCUCCUAUUCACAACUCAGCAGACAUGAGUAAGUAUAUCAAUUCACGAGGAUACAGAUUCGUAUAUCUUCCUCCAUAUUCUCCUGAACUAAAUCCAAUUGUGCAGUUCUGG